AUGCUCCAGAAGGGAACUUGGUCUUGCCCAAGAGCCGGCCUAGUAAUCAUUCAUGGGUUCCAGAACUUGUGGUGGAAGUCAACGCCUGGAACAAACGAAUUUCCUCAAGGAGGUUUUCAAGACGCAUACUUAUGGCAAAAAUGGCAUGGCCAACGUGGCAAAAGCAAAACGGACUCCUCUGCCUACCGGGUUGCGUGCCAAAUUUGCACCUCUCUUGAUAGAGUUCUCUGGCACCUUGUAAUCUGGCAAAAUGCUUUUGGCUUCAUUGGUCUCGAGGGUCUAAAUGAGCUCUGUCUACCGCAGCAAAGGCGCCAAAUGCUUGUCAUGGUAAGAAUCUUUGUCAGGAAUUUACAAAAAAGAAAAAAAGAAAACGAUAAACCAGAUGAGAAACCGGUUUCGCAGUAUCCAACAGCAGCUGCCAAUGCAGGAUCAAAACCUCUGCUUUUUUGUAAGCGAAAUUAA